GCGUACCUCAUCCUCUGCAGAACCCCUACUUUCAUGGAUUUGCCAACCCUAAAAACCCCGGAGACAAUUACUUCAAGAGCCAGUCCCCAUGGGGCUCUGUCCCGAUAACAUGUAUGCCUGGAGGACCGCCCGUCAUGGCGCCGGUCGAUCCGAUGCAGAUACAGAUACCGUCGUGGUGGGGUCCCAUGUCUCCAACGAAAGUUGGUUCACCGAAGGGAUCUCCGAAGCCCGUCAUGUCGGGAGCUCUUCAAGAAGACGGGGUAUCUACGGGCGCCAAAAAUAAGGAUAGGGGAUGGGAUACGAAUGUUGGACCUCGGCAUAUCAAGACUCCAUCCCCUGGGACAAAGCCGGCCAGCCCCAACAAGGUCGCUCCAACCUCCCCUAUCAACAUCAACCUGACGGUGAACCCAGAUACUCCUUGGGCUGCCUUCGCCAAAGGCACCAGCAAGAAGCCCAGUCCGGAUAGGAACGGUUCACAAACAAAUGGUGGCGGAUCCAACGGAAGCAGGAAGUCAUGGGGAUCAAAGAAGGUGUCUGAUUGGCAACCGAUACCUAGCGGUCAGCACCCGGAUCUUGGAUGGAGUACUCCCGCGAAGAGCCAAGGAAGCAUCAAAGGAAGUAACUCAGCAUGGGCUGCGACUGGCGGUAAUAGAAGCAACAGCGGAUGGAAUACUUCAGGGAAUACCCAGAAUAACGAUGCUCAGGCAAAUUCUGGCGGCGAUGGCUGGACAACGAUGAAUGGCACCACUUGGGGCGACUCCAACACCAAUCAGGAUGUAUGGGGGGCGUACAAUAACCAACCAGGUGAUGCCUGGACCAACGCAGAGGGCAACUACAACAACUGGUCGACGGGUUCGAACCACUCUGGCUCGAAGAAGUCAAGCAAGAGCCAGCAUAACAACAGCGGCGACAACCGCGGCCCCAGUGGUCAACCCCAACCGGCUACCAACUGGGAUGAACAGGGAAAUAACGUCGGCUACUCGGGGCAUGUCGUCUUGAAUGGCUCGAACAAGCCGAACAAGCCUAGCAAGAAUACGUCCCAGCCCUCCACCAACGGCGACUGGGAUAACAAUGCUGGUCCAACGACCGACAGCCCCGUGGGUAACUCUAACAAUAGCAAGGGAUCCAAGCAGAGCUCGAAGGAGACAUCAAAAAACAGAGAUGAAUGGGCCUCCAGCGGCGAAUCGGCUUGGGGUACCGACAAUAACGCAGUGCCCACGAACAGCAAAAGCCCGAACAACUGGGGCCCCGGGACUACGAGCGGCGACAACUGGAAUCCGACCGCAACAGAGAUGAGCAAGGCCUCGAGCGGCAGCAAGAGCAUGCCAGGUGCCUGGGAUAACAACCUCCCCUGGGGUGAUACAUCUAUGGCCCAGUCGACCGGCGGUGCGGCGGACAACUGGUGAAGCUGAUGUCGAUGACAGAGCUCAACCGAAGCGGGGCAUGCCGUACUCGUGUGUAUCGGAUGGAGUGGGACCGGGUCUGCAAUGACGGGCGGUGACUUGGAAGAGCAUGCAUACUGAUUGGCUUGGACCCGGUGUUCUCGACAUUGUCCUUGCCUUGGGUGAGGUUGCGAGAUCCAAAAACAUCGGGGUUUCUUUUGAGAUUGCAUUGUCAGGAGUGAGGCGAGGGGCGUGUCUGGUCCGAUAGUCUUCUUCUUAUUCGUAUUGGCACGGCAUUGUCGGGGGAUGAGGCAAGGAGCAGCACAUCUGGCGCCAAACAGGACGGAGGACGGGGUUCGUUCACGUGAGUUUUGAGAUUUACCACACACGGGCGCGAACGAGACAGACCGUGAUAUUGGGCUAUUCCCCUGGAAGUCGGGUCAGCCGAGAAAACAUAGAAACAUCGCAUUACAAUGAGAGCAA